AUGGCUCGCCUUCAACAGUUGCAACAGACCUCCACUUCCUCCUCCCCCUCCUCGCCCCUGUCCUCGUCACCAGCAGCACCACCCCCACCACCACCACCGCCCUCAGCAGCAGCGGGCAGUGGUGUGGGGUCGACAAUAGGGGGCGUGGAGCCGCUAGUGGGACCGCUUAGGCCACAGAGCAGCGAUGAGGCAUCACUGGCGUCCCUGCUGGCGCGAUCAGACCUGGUGGUCACUCGCAGGGUGGAGUGGGGCAACGUGCUGCUGGGGUACGAGCAGAGCAACCAAUAUGCUGUCAUGGACGCACACACAGGCGAGCACGUGGGGUCCAUUGUGGAGAGCAGCAACUGGCUCAUGCGCCAGUUCCUGAGGGCGCAUCGCCCCUUCACCGCAUCCAUCCACGAUGCACACGGCACGCUCCUGCUCACUGUGCGGCGGCCCAUGUUUCUCAUCACCAGCACCAUCUACGUUGAUCUGGCUGGUCAGAAGGGCAUAGGGCAGGUGCACAGGAGGUGGCACCUGUGGAAGCGAGUCUACGAUGCGUACCUGCACAAGCAGCAGUUUGCGAGGGUGGUUAACCCUGGCUUUUGGUGGUGGUCCUUCGCGCUGUGCGACGCCGAGGGGCAGAGGCUAGCAGAGGUCACCCGCAAUUGGCGGGGGCUGGGCUUUGAGGUGUUCACAGAUGCGGGGCAGUACGUGGUGCGAUUCGGCUCCGUGCGGCACUGGCAGCAGCAGCAGCGGGACAAGCGGGAGCAGCAGGAGCGGGAGGGCAGGGAGGGUGAGGAGGAGAAGGCGCAGCAGUAUCAUCAGCCAUGGUUCUCAACAGAAGCCGACGAGGGUCCCAUGCUCUCGGUGGCGCGCCCACUCUCUCUGCUGGAGCGAGCAGUGUGUCUGGCACUGGCUGUCUCACUUGACAACGACUACUUCUCUCGCCACAGGUCAGUGCAGCACAUGCCACAGGUCAGUGGGCGGCACACGCCACAGGUCAGUGGGCGGCACACGCCACAGGUCAGUGGGCGGCACACGCCACAAGUCAGUGGGCGGCACACACCACAGGUCAGUGGGCGGCACACGCCACAAGUCAGUGGGCGUUUUGAGACGUCUCAAAGCACGCCCCUUCUCACUUUUGGAUUGGAGCAAUCAGUUUCCCUCGACAACGACUACUUCUCUCGCCACAGCAGUGGACAGCGCAGCAGCGGGCAUCGCAGAAAGCGGGCAUCGCAGAAAGCGGGCAUCGCAGAAAGCGGGCAUCUCAGAAAGCGGACAGCGCAGGAAGCGGGCAUCGCAGAAAGCGGACUGCGCAGAAAGUGGACAGCGCAGAAAGCGGACAGCGCAGCAGCGGGGAGCGCAGAAAGCGGCGGCAAGAUGUCGGUGAGCACGUCCGCGUUGUACGCGAUCAUGUUCCUCUGCGCCGCCUUCGUCUUCUCCUUCCUCUUCCGCGUCCUCCGCGCGCUGCUGCUGCACGCCGCGCUGCUCUCCCCGCUCCCGCGCCGAUCCGACGACCCAGAUUCCACCUUCCACGUCCGCACAGUUCUCGUCAUUGACGGGGUUCCGGAGGGCCCGCAAGAGAGCUCGGGGGAAGGGGGCGAAGCGGGGCGCGCGGGAGUGGGGACAAGGGGGAAAGGGUUGCGGGCGGAAGAGAUUGCUCAGCACAGCGAUUUGAUUCGGUACAGUGAGGUGAAGGAGGAGCGGAGAGUAGAAGGGAGGGAGUUGGUAGUGGUUGAGAUAGGCGAGAGGGAGGGGCGCGAGCAGGGGUGGGAGAGUGAGAAGGCGCGCGCGGGGAAGGAGGGUGGUGCUGAGGCAGCGUGUGAGGGGCAGGGGCAGCGAGGGGCGGAUAGAGAAGGGGAGACAGCAAGAGCAGCGGCGGCAGUAAACGGUCAGGGCAGUGAAAAGGCUGAGCGGCGACGGGACGUGGAUGGACCGAGCGAGCGCCUUGUGAAGGCGCAGCAGAUGAAGCAGGAGACGGAGGAGAAGGGGGCGGAAGCAGCAGGUGCAGCAGAAGCAGGAGAAGGGGGAGCAGGGGGCGGAAGAGCAGGGGGCGGAGAGGACGGAGAGGGAGGAGUGGAGGGGGUGUGGGGGGCAUUGGCGGUGGAGUGCUCUGUGUGCUUGACGGAGUUCAGGGAGGAGGAGCGAGUGAGACGACUGCACUGCUGCACCCACAUGUUCCACCAGCCAUUUCCCGUGGCCAUGGACCUCGGGAUUCUCCUCGCGUUUGUCGUGCUCUUCGCGUCCAUGCUUCUCGUCUGCGCCUACCGCCUGUUCCGCGUAGUCUGGGCCGAGGAGCAGGCGGAUCGAGCGCGGGAACGCGAGCGCGCAUUGCGCGAGAGAGCUGCGCGCAGUCGCCUGGCGGAGGCGCUGGAUCCGAAGCUGCUGGGGGCGUUCAGCGACCUCGUCACGUACGCAGAUGCGAUGUUAGAGCGAGACGCGGAUGCGAAGGUAGAGCGAGACGCGGAUGUGAAGCUAGAGCGCGACGCGGCUGCGCGUGGAAGCGCGCCGAGCUCUCCCUCCGCUGCCAAGGGCUUGGUGACGCUGGCAGAUGUGACUGUAGGGGGGGCGAAGCUACCAAGGGACGACGAGUCAUGCGUGGGCGACGAUGGUUGUUCACAAGAGGAUGGGGCGAUUGUUGUGGUGGAUAUUCGAGGGGAGGACAGUGGAGCAGGCAGUGAGUGCCGAAGCAGGAAGGCUGAAUGUCAACCAGGAUGUGAAUUAACAUCAGCAGAACCGAAUCGUACAUCACCAGGCGAAGGUGAAGUUGAGGGUGGGAAGGCGGAAGCCAUUGAGCGGACGCCAGCUCCUCCAGCCACGUCGGACGGCAUGGCUGCAAGUUGUGAUCAAAAGAACUGGGGGACUGAGGAUGGGUCGAGUGCGGUGCAAGGAGAGGAAGCCGCAGCUGCUGAAGGCACAGAGUCACAGGAGGAGUCAAGGCUUUGUGCUGACAGCAGGGUCUUGCCAUCCUCAGAUGCUCUUUCUAAAUGCUCCUCUCCAGCGAUUGCUGAGAGGCAGGGGCCGAAACCAGCUGUGAUGCUUGCAGGACAAACUGAAUUUGCAGCAGUGGCUGGUAGUGGCGGCACGGGUAGUGCAAGUGAGGUGGCGAUUCCUUUGAUUCCCGUGACGGCAGCUGAGUGCUCCGUGUGCCUGGUGGAGUUUGAAGACGAUAACAUGCUGCGAUGCAUGCACUGCUGCAGACACCUGUUUCACCAGGUGAGCAUGGUGGGAGGGGAGUGCAAGGAUCACGCUUAUGUCAGCAUUUCCUAA